AUGGCUCGUGGGAACAGUCUCUUCUUCCUCUUUGUAUCUCCAUAUUCUUCCAUUUUCCAUUUUAAAAAUGCCAAAGUUGUUUCUAUUGAUUCUUAUGAAGAUGUUAAUUCCUAUUAUGAGUUAGCAUUGAAAAAGGUCGUUGCAAAUCAGCCCGGUGUCUUCUCNGGAANAUGUGNAACNNCACUAGAUCAUGGUGUUGUGGNNGUUGGGUAUGGUACAGAAAACGGUCAUGAUUAUUGGAUUGUGAGGAAUUCAUGGGGUGCUGAUUGGGGAGAGGAAGGAUACAUCAGAAUGGAAAGAAAUCUGGGUAACAGCAGAUCAGGAAAGUGUGGAAUUGCGAUCUAG